AUGUCCAGUAGUAAAAUUUCAGUGAAAGCUGCCAUACUUCGAUUCGAGAAAGGUGUAGAGGAUUCGGCAAUUGUACGUGAGAAGGUCGAAAUCGAACGUAGUGCUGAUAUGCAGAAGAUGAAGUCGGCCUUCAGUCGAGUAAGUUUAUAAGA